GUUUCUCACUCACUAAAAGCAAAGCACGCUGCAAGGAACCUGGGUCGUAAAAAAAAGACGGUCAUGCAAAAUGCCAGCAACUCCAUCAUUCAGCCUGCAGGAUUUUACAUUGUUGCCUUGAGUUCAAUGUCUUACAGUAAUAUCUAUUUCAUGUUCCUCACUGUGAUUUAUGUGAUCACAGUCAUGUGCAAUGUAUUUCUGAUCACCAUCAUUUUCUAUGACCACCGUCUGCAUGUCCCAAAGUUCAUGGCUGUUGGUAAUCUGGCUUUGGUUGAUCUUGUUCUCAGCACCUCUCUUGUGCCUGGCAUGAUCAAGACUUACAUUCUUCUAGACAAUUUUGUGCCAUUCAACCUGUGCCUUGUGCAAAUGUACACUUAUUAUACUUUUUUAUCCCUUGAACCGUUUUCCUUAUGUAUUCUUUCUUAUGACAGGUUCAUUGCGAUCUGUUUCCCUUUAAGACAGGACUCUAUUAACACAAACACCAGAAUGACUUAUAUAAUCAGUGCAGUUUGGUUCUUUUCUAUUGUUAUAAUUCUCUAUGCUGUUACAUCCAUCCCAACCCUGUCUUUUUGUGGCUCUCUUGAGGUCCACAGCUAUUUUUGUGAUUAUGCUCCUGUUUUAGUACUUGCUUGUGGUGAUACGACACCUCAGUGGAACUAUGCCACUGCUUUAACUAUGCUCUUCAUUACUGUACCUUUGAUUUUUAUUUUCUUGACCUACAUGGGUAUACUGACUGCUGUAUUCAGAAUGAAAAAUAAUCAGAGCCGUUAUAAGGCGCUGGCCACAUGCACAGAGCACCUCAUAUUAGUGGCCUUGUUCUUCAUUCCUAUUGUAAUCAUCUUCUGUUUUACAUUUUUUGGAAUUAUUUGGAACCCCAAUGUAGGUCUGGUGAGCUUGUGUCUGUCAUCCCUCCUCACACCUUGUGUGAAUCCCAUCCUCUACUCACUGAAAACUAAAGAGAUUCGAAGCAGGAUUCAUUCUUUGUUAACCCAGAGACUGUCUGUUCAUCCUCUAAGAAAUGUACAUUAA